AUGGCUACCGCACAGCAGCUUAACCUCCCCGAUGGACGGGUUCUCUCGUAUCAUCUAUCUGGCCAGGAUUCACAGCCCGUGGUGUUACUAGCCAAUUCACUGAGCGCGCCAUUCACGGCAUGGGACCACGUCGUCAAGGUACUCAAUGAGAACGGAUUCCGCACGCUUCGCUAUGACCAGCCGGGACACGGCCAGUCCUCUGCGCCCAAGGGCCUCGACACGGAAUUCGAGACGAUAGCCGACGACGUCUACCACUUGCUACAGGCCCUCAAGAUUGAGAAGCUUUUCGCUUGGAUCGGAGUGUCAAUGGGUGCUGCCACCAUUUUCUACUUUGUGAACAAGUACCCCGGUAUUGUCCACAAGGUGGCCAUCUGCGACACCAUUGCGGCGUCACCAAAGAACGCCGGAGUGGAAGAUGCGUUUGGCCCUCGUGUCGUGGCAGCGCGGAAGGCCGGGAACAUGCAGGAGGCAGUAGAGGGCACGAUGGACCGAUGGUUCGGUGCCGACUGGAUCAAGGCCAACCCUGAAGAGGCGGCCCGCGUGCGAGCCAUCAUGAACCAGACUAGUGUUGACGGCUUUGAGACCUGCAUUCAUGCUCUGCAGAGCGACAAGUUUGACAUCCGGCCGCUAUUUGAGAAGGUCGGAGCUGGAGCUGAUGAAGCGCUGCUAAUUGUAGGGGAAAACGAUGCCAAUCUGCCGCAGGCCAUGGCCGAAAUGCGGGAGAAGGUUGAACAGGGCUUCAAAGCAGCGGGCAAGGACCGAAAGAUUGAGUUAAAGAUUAUAAAGAACGCGGGCCACGUUUGCUUCAUCGACGGAUUUGAGCAAUUCAAGCAGAUAAUCCUAGAAUACCUCAAGGCCUGA